ACUGUCGCCAGGUUAUGAUGUCAUCAUAACAAGAACUUUCAGGAAGGUUAUUCUGUGUUGCGUCAGUUUCUACGGUACGCAGCAACUGAAGGAGAGCGUUUAGCCUACCGUUUAACAAGUGCUUGAAAAGGAUGCUGGUGGCCAGGCUAGCAUGUCUGCGCAGCAUGCCCGUGAUGGGGCUACGCCCUGCGCUGGCCCAGAGUUCCCCAGCUCUGAGGAGCCCCCUCCUGAAGCCUUCCCAGGGGUAUUCCACAAAAGUUCGAUUUGGAUUCCGACGGGGCAGAACUACUAAAGACCAGCUCAAAGAGGCAGCCUUUCAGCCAUCAGCUGAAACAUUCAUUAAAGUGGAUAACAUGGGACGGAUGCUUCUGGGCGGUGGAGCUGUUGUUGGCCUUGGAGCCUUGUGCUACUACGGCCUGGGGAUGUCAAACGAGAUCGGCGCCAUUGAGAAAUCAGCUAUCUGGCCGCAGUACGUGAAGGACAGGAUCCACUCCACCUACAUGUACUUUGCGGGCAGCGUGGGGUUCACAGCCCUCUCUGCACUGGCAGUGAGCCGGACCCCUGCGCUCAUGGGCCUCAUGAUGCGAGGCUCCUGGCUGGCUAUCGGUGCCACGUUUGCCGCCAUGAUCGGGGCAGGGAUGCUGGUCAGGUCCAUCUCAUAUGAGCACAGCCCAAUCCCCAAGCACCUCGCCUGGAUGUUCCAUGCAGGCGUGAUGGGGGCAGUGGUGGCCCCUCUUACCUUGCUGGGGGGGCCCCUCAUAGUGCGCGCGGCCUGGUACACAGCAGGCAUCGUGGGAGGCCUGUCCACCGUGGCCAUGUGCGCUCCCAGCGAGAAGUUCCUCAACAUGGGCGGCCCCCUGGCAGUGGGACUGGGCGUGGUCUUCGCCUCCUCCAUCGGCUCCAUGUUCCUGCCCCCCACGUCAGCCCUCGGAGCGGGCCUGUACGGAGUGGCCGUGUACGGGGGCCUCAUCCUCUUCAGCAUGUUCCUCCUCUACGACACGCAGAAGGUCAUCAAGAGAGCCGAGACCUACCCUCUGUACGGCGUCCAGAAAUACGACCCCAUCAACUCAUGCUUGGGAAUAUACAUGGAUACUCUGAACAUCUUCAUGAGAAUGGUCAUGAUUCUGGCCAAUGGCGGAGGAGGCAGGAGGAAAUGAGAAUCUUCACAUUCUACAGUUGGACUAAAGCACUUCCUGAGGAAAAUAACCUACCAUUAUACAGUUCAGCUACAACACAGACCUUUCAUUUACACUGGGGGCUUACAUAAUACACAUUGGUAGAACCAGAACUUAUUUGUAAAGAAAUCACUCAUUGAUUUGCUUUGCAUAUGCAUUUGAUGUUUAAUUAAUGGGAACCUGAUGUGAUAAAUUGGAUUAUCGGAAUAUUGUUAAACCUUGCUUGUACCUCAACCUGGAUUUAAUUCUUUUUUUUUCUAUAUAUUUAUGCAUAUGUGGUUGUUAAUGUAUCAUAAUUUUUGAGAGCAACUCAAACCUAAAAUCCUGUGGGGAUAUUUUCAUUGGUAAAUUCCAGUGCUGCAUCUGAUCUCGUGCACCAUAUGGGUGUUUCCUUCUUGCAGUAUGGUGAACCUGCGUCGGGAUUUCAUAAGUGGGUCAUUGCGGUAUCUGAUUUAAUUGAAGUUUGUUUAGACACCACAGUAAAGAAGGCUCCUAAUAAAGCUAUGAAUGGCAGUAUCUUUCCCUGUC